AUGGCAAGAAGCUCUAAUGACUGGAUGAUCGUUGGUCACGUGUGCGAGUCCUUCCAUUCAUCUCACACAGUUUCCUUACUAUUCCAGGCAACGGGUUACACGCCCCUGAUGUACGCAGCCCGGGAGAAUAAAAGCCAGUUCAUCGAGCGCCUCAUCGACCUCGGCUGCGAUCCCAAUUUCAAAAAUAAGGAUGGCUAUUCGGCCGUGCACCUGGCGGCCAUGUACAGCCGAGAGGACACAAUACGUCACUUGGUCCACAAAAAGGGCGACAUCAACGCUAUUGGUGGGCCCAGAGAUCAGACUCCGGCUCACCUGGUGGCCAGCCGCAGCACAGGGGCCGCCGUAGCCCUCAUGAAGAUGAUUCUUAUGCAUGCCAAACAUGACCUUAGGCUUACCAAGGAUAGCCGCGGCGAUAUCCCCCUCUUCCUCGCCGUCGACGCAGGCAACCAGGGCCUGAGCAAGGAACUCCUCUUUCACCACGGACCCGAGCAAGUGAAAGCCAUAAGGGCGCACACGAAGGACACAGCCCUUCACAUAGCCUGCAGAAGGAGGGAGACCGAACUCGUGAGGCUCUUGGUCGAAGCCGGAGCCAACACGGACGAAAAGAACUCAGCGGGACAAACGCCGUUACACAUCGCUGCAGAGGAAGGAGAUGAGGCAACAGUCAAAUAUUUCUACAGUGUUCAUGUUAACCCGAACCAUACUGAUAAUGAUGACAAGACGCCCAUCCACAUCGCCGCUGAGAGAGGCUUCACGCAGAUCGUGGACACCCUCGCCGAGAAGUUCAAGGCGUCCGUGAUGGACAGGACCAAGGACGGCUCGACGCUUGUGCACAUCGCCUCCCUCCACGGACACCCGGACACAGUCAUGACCUUUUUGAGGAAAGGAGUGCCACUUCACAUGCCCAACAAAAGCGGUGCCAGAUGCAUUCACACGGCCGCCCAGAGAGGUCACGUGGGCGUGGUGAACGCCAUUCUCAACAAGGGAGAAAUCCCUUUUCUCACUCUGACGCCCCUUCUGCAACUCCUGCAGGAUGGCUUCUCCGCCCUGCACGUGGCCGUCCAGUCGGGGAAGCCGGCGAUGGUGGAGGCGCUGCUCGGCCACGGCGCCAACCUCACCAUGCAAGGUGGCGCCGCCCGCGAGUCCGCCCUCCACCUGGCGGCGAGGGUGAAGGACGGCGAGAAGUGCGCCGAGAUGCUGCUCAAGUCGGGCGCGGACGCCAACCUGCCGAAGGACGACGGCCAGACGCCCCUCCACCUCGCCGCCUUCCACGGGAACCUCCUCACGCUCAAGCUGCUCCUCGAGGACAACGCCAACCCGUCGCUCCAGUCCAAGACUGGGGAAACGGCCCUCCACCUGGCCUGCUCGUCCUGCCGCGUGGAGGUGGUGAAGGCCAUCAUCGAGUACGUGGCCAAGAAGAGCGGGAAGGAGGCGGUGGCCAGACUCAUUAACAAGAAGAACAACCUAGGGGAGACGGCGUUGCAUUACACGGCCAGAAUCAACAAGCAGAACACGACCUUCAAGGCAGGAGACGACCAAGAAAUUGCGCAGAUUCUUCUCUCCAACGGCGCUGAGAUGAUGGUUGCCACGACCAAGUCACAGGAAACUCCAGUCCAUUUUGUGGCAACAUCUGGCAACGAGGCAGUGCUCACCGAAAUGCUUCACUUUGCUCCGCAUGAUAAGAUCCAGCAGCUAAUGAACGCACAGACGGCGACGGGCCGGUCCCCGCUCUUGAACGCGUCCGACCACGGCCACGAGGGCAUAGUCACGACCCUCCUCGACCACCAGGCCAGAGUGGAUGUGUUCGACCACGAGGGCAAGGCGGCGCUUCACCUGGCGGCCGAGCACGGGUAUAGAUUGGUCUGCGACGCCCUGCUGCAGCACAAGGCCUUCGUCAACGCCCGAAGUAUGACAGGUCUGACAGCCCUCCAUCUCGCUGCCAUGAAAGGCUUCAACGGCCUCGUACAAAUUCUCAUCACGCACCACGCGGCGCAGAAGGAGGCACUGACGCUGUCGAAACAGACGCCCCUCCACCUGGCAGCUGAGGCGGGGAAGCUGGAGGUCUGCGAUACCCUCCUCCAGCUGGGCGCGGACACCAACGCCACCACCGACGGGGGACAGAAGGCUAUACACUUGGCCGCCAUGAACAACUACUCGGAGGUCGUCAAGCUGUUCCUCAAGACGUCGCCUGACCUCGUGACCACGGCGGAUAAGGACGGAAACACGUGCGCCCACAUCGCCGCCCUCAAAGGAUCCGUCGAUGUGUUGCGCGAGCUGAUGCGCCACAACCGGGGCGUCGUUAUCAACGGCAGGAACCGCGUCGGGGACUCAACGCCGCUCCACCUCGCCGCAGAAGGAGGACACGCCAAGCUGGUCAAGUUCCUGAUCGAGAACGGAGCUUCGCCCAAAGCGGAGAAUGGGUCAGGGUUCACUGCGGUUCAUAUCGCAGCCAGAUACGGCCACAUCCAAGUACUAGACACGCUAAGAGAAGUCACUAGUUUAAGGAUUAUUAGUAAAAAGCUUGGACUUUACGCCCUUCAUAUCGCCGCUCAUUAUGGACAGUCAGAAAUCGUGAGGGAGCUCCUUUCGCACAUUCCCGCCACCAUAAAAUCGGAACCGCCCAUCCUCAGCGGCGGCCGCCCAUUCCUGCCCGACUUAGGGGCGGAGGCGGACCUCACGCCCUUGCAUCUGGCCGCCCACCAGGGCAACGAGGGCGUCGUCAGAAUCUUGUUCAACAUCCCGGGCGUCCAACCUGAUGUUUCUUCCAGACUCAACGGCUACAUCCCCCUCCAUCUUGCGUGCAUCGGCGGCCACACAUCCGUGGUCGGGCUGCUGCUCUCCAAGUCGACCAAACAGGUAGCCAAGACGGACAAACGCGGACGGACAGGACUACACAUAGCAGCUAGCCAUGGGCAUUAUAACAUGGUGGCCCUACUUAUGGGUCAAGGGGCGGAGCUCGCAGCCAAGGACCGGGACGGCCUCACGCCCCUGCACUACUGCGCGAGGGCGGGCCACUUGGGCGUCGUCAAGUUACUGGUCGAGGCCGGUGCGUCUCCCGAGGAUAAGUCUACGGAAGGCAAAACCCCGAUUACAUUUGCCGUGGCCAGUGAGCACGUUGAUGUCUACUCUUAUCUUAUCAACAAGAAGCACGAUUCAUACAAGCUGUUGGAGGAUAAGAAGUACGUCCACGACCUGACUCUGAUGAGCAAGAAACACGACCACAAACCCCUGGAAGAGUUCAUCCUAAGGUCACCGGCCCCCGUUGACCUCGCUACCAAGCUGGCGCAUACCCUCCUCAUUCUCUCCGAUAAGAAAGAGAGUAGCAAAGACCUGUUGGAAGCCUCCUUGUUCAGCGAAGCCCUGGCGACGGAGCUGGUGGCCAUUUCCUCGGCGUCAGCGUCUCCCGGCCUCAUCCUCCGGGCGGUGGACAACAGAAACGUCGUUCUGCUGGACUCCCUGAUCGAGCACGAGCAGAAGGAGGUGAUUGCCCACCCGGCCGUGCAGCGCUACCUGACGGACGUGUGGAUGGGCAGCCUCGACUGGCCCAACUGGAAGAUGAGCGCCGUUUUCUUCGCUUUUCUAUUCCUGCCGCCCGUCUGGAUUUUCUUUAGCAUGCCACUCGGACACAUGUACAACGAAGUUCCCAUCGUGAAGUUCCUCGCCUAUCUGGUAUCUCACGUGUAUAUGCUUCUGCUCAUGAUAGUUACCACAGUCACCCCUUUGAGUCCGAUAUGGGAGAACACAAGCCUUAUGCCUAACUGGUACGAGUGGAUGCUGCUCCUGUGGCUGAGCGGGAACCUGGUGAUGGAGCUGACCAACCCCGGGGACAUCGCCGGCCUGGGGUGGAUCAAGGUGUUCGUUCUCGUGUUCUCUGGCUUCGGCGUCCUCGUCCACCUCAUAGGAUUCUUCUACCUGGGCGAGACGGAGCUGCUGCUCGAUAUGCUUUAUAUUAGGAACAACCUCCUCGCCCUGGCCAUGCUCCUGGCCUCCGUGCAGCUCCUGGACUUCCUCUCCUUCCACCACCUGUUCGGGCCAUGGGCGGUCAUCAUCGGCAAGCUCAUGGUAGACUUGGGCAUGUUUGGCUGCCAUCUACAACCCCAUCCGGCCGAUCUACACGGAGCUCAACAACACGCAGGUCGGCACCGGAUAUCCUCCGUCAGAGGCGCCCAUACAGACCCCCUUCCAGACGGGCGAGAUGCUCUUCUUCUCUCUCUUCGGCCUCGUCGAGCCCGACUACAUGCCGCCCUUCUACAGCCACCCGCCGUGGGCGCAGACGCUCAUGAAGAUCGUCUUCGGCAUCUACCAAAUGGUCACAGUAGUCGUGCUCAUCAACCUCCUGAUUGCUAUGAUGUCCGACACGUACCAGCGCAUCCAGGCCAAGAGCGACACCGAGUGGAAGUUCGGUCUCGCGAAGCUGAUCCGAAACAUGAGUCGAACUUCGGGCACGCCUUGCUUCAAGUUCAAGUGUAACCUGUGCUCCGAGCGGGCCAUGGAGUACAUGAGGACGGAGGGCCGCCCCGAGGACCCCCAGCAGGCAGACAUCAAGGCGGAGUUCGGCGGAGGAUGGAUCAAGAAACUGCGCUCCAGGAGUAAGGCCAGCAUCAUGCCCCAGAGCACAGAGAACCUGGUCCCAAUGAGCAACAUGGAAGGACCGCAAGGAGUUCGAAGGAUCGAGAACGUGAUCAAGUGGAGCCGCGUCGUGAACCGUUAUCGGGCAAUGCACCAGAAGGAGGCCCUGCCCGGAGAAGAGCGACAGGACAUGCCCAUGGAUUCGGUGCAGGAUCUUCAGGAGGCCGCGCUGCUCAAUGGCGGGCCUGAGACCGAGCCAGCUUCUACGGCUUAAAAGAGGGGGCGUGGGGUGGGCGGGCAAGAGGGAGAGUAGGUCCUUCCCUGUGUGUGUAGGGGGGUGGGGUAGUAGGAGAUUGAUUUUCUAAGAUUUGGGGUGUUUUUUUUUUCUUUAGGAUUAAGGAAUCUUUAGAGUAAGGUUGAAGAAU